AUGCAGCUCCGUGAACAACACGACUUCGCGUCUGAACAGAGCCUCGACCUUGCGCCAGUCAACCGCAAAGCGUACAGCAACGGUGAGUCAGCAGCACGAAGCUCUGCCACAACGACUUCGCGUUUUGGUGGGGCGGGUGCAAAGGCGGCCAAGACCACGGACAAGCCAAAGAGUAAGGCCGCCCUCAAGAUUGAGGAGCUGGAGCAGGAGUGCACGCGCAAGGACGAGGCGUUUGCUCACCAAAAGCAAGCGUUCGAGCAGGAAAAGGAUACACUGAAGGCGGAGAACGAGCAGCUCGCCACAACAUGCACUGAGCUCAAGUCCGAUGUUGAUCAGAAGCAGGCGGCCAUUGUAGAGCUGCGCGAGACCGUGGACGACCUUCAAGGCAAGCAGUCCUCCCUCCUGCAGGAACUGGAUGGCCUCCGCUCCCACCUCUCGCACGCGACAUCGACGAUUGAGCAGCAGACGUCUGAGAUCAAGGAUCUGCACGACAAAGUGGCUGCACUGGAGGCGUGUGUCAAGGAGCACGAGCAGCAGGCAAUUGUCGACGAAGCAGAGCGGCGCCGCCUGCACAACAUGGUGCAAGAGCUCAAGGGCAACGUGCGCGUGUUUUGUCGCGUGCGCCCCUUUCUCUCUGGCGAGGACGCAUCAGCGGAUGAACAGCCAGUCGCUUGCCUCGACGGCAAGACCAAUACCCUUGCCAGCUGUGCAUGCAGUGCCAACGUAUUUUCAUCAAUCAAGCUCACUGUUCAUCCUUCCGCAAUGGUCCUUUGUUCCUGGCAGGUGUUUGACCGCGACAGCACACAAGCGCAAGUGUUUGAGGAGAUUGAGCAGCUUGUGCAGUCCUCCAUGGACGGCUACAACGUCUGCGUGUUUGCUUACGGCCAGACUGGAAGCGGCAAGACAUACACCAUGCUUGGCGGCGAUGACGAGGGAUCACGUGGCAUGAUCCCACGCGCUGUUGAACAGCUUUUCCAGCGCCAAGCGGAGCUUGCUGCCAAGGGGUGGGAGUACACGUUCAAGGCCUCCAUGCUGGAGAUUUACAACGAGGAGCCACGUGACCUGCUUGCCACGCCGGGAUCCGCCACCAAGCCAGUCAUCUCCUGGACAGCGCCCGUCUCAAACCUCUCUGAGUUUGCCGUCACCGUUCCAGAUGACGUGCACGAGCUGCUUCAGCGUGCAGAGACCAACAGGAGGACGGCCAAGACGGCGAUGAACGCACGCUCGUCCCGCAGCCACUCCGUCUUCCGCCUGCAGAUUGCGGGUGAGAACAAGGCCGCGGGCGAGGUGUGCAACGCCACGCUCAACCUCAUUGACCUGGCUGGCUCCGAGCGCAUCAAGGUCUCCAAGGUGCAAGGAAAGGAGGAGAAAGAGGCCAAGUACAUCAACAAGAGCCUGACCACCCUCAAGCGCGUCUUCACAAAGCUCUCCCAGAAGGAUGGGCAUGUGCCCUUCCGUGACUCCAAGCUGACCAUGCUCCUCAAGGACUCCAUGUGCAACAACAGCAAGUGCCUGAUGUUUGUGAACGUGGCGCCCACAGCCGCGUCCGCCAGCGAGACAAAGAACAGCCUUCGCUUCGCUGCAGAGGCCAACAAGUGCCACCUCGGCACAGCACGUGCCAACAGUGGCACCUCCUCCAAGUAG